AUACCCCUUGUGUUAGAUUGUUGGUCCAAAAUCAGAUCUUGGCGUAUAGAAAAUCUCUGAUGGUGCUGGCGCUUGGUGCUGGUCUGCUGGAUGCCUGAGACUUGAGAGAACAGCACCGUUUGAUUGAAUUUCAAUUGCCUCUCCUCCUUCUAAAGUAGAGAAGAACAGCGACUUUACAAUAGUGCAACUGCAAAAGAAAACAGGAGAGAGACUGAGAUAACAAAGGGGGAAAACGCUAAUUCCGAGUUAGGGUUUCCUUUUUGUAAAACCCCCAAAUUUACACCACUGAAUCGAAGUUUCGGAAUCCUGCAAAUCUUCAAGAUUUUGGAAAAAGUAACAAUGGCGGAUGGUGUUUGGGGUCGACAGGCUUCUAUGUAUCCCCCUUCUGGUUUGCUUAAGCGCCCUCGCAACGAUUAUGAUCUGCCUCCACGGGUAAACCCUACUGCUCUUGAUAUGCGUGACUAUAUAAUACGAGAUGAUGAACGAGGAGGAUCCAGGGUUGCAAAGGACUCAAAAACAUUAGGGUCAGCCUAUGACCGUUAUCUCCAAAGAACGGAAGUUCCUUCCUACCCGGGAGAAGCUACUACGUUUUCCGGAGCCUCUUUGGGAAGGGGUAUUUCAGUGGGAGAACCGUCCCUACUGGGCCGCCCUGGAUCUAUUGUCCCAGAUGCAGCACCACAUGGGCGAGAUGUUGGAUAUGGAGGCCAGAUGCUAGCUGAUUCGAUGGCCAGACCUGUACGUGAAACUGUACCUCUUCCUUCUGAUGCUUCAAACACACUAUAUGUUGAGGGGCUUCCUUCAAAUAGCACCAAAAGGGAAGUAGCUCAUAUCUUUCGUCCUUUCGUGGGGUAUAAAGAAGUACGACUUGUGACCAAGGAAUCCAAACAUCGUGGAGGUGAUCCUUUGAUCCUCUGUUUUGUGGAUUUUGUUGACGCGGCCUGUGCUGCUACAGCUUUAAGCGCCUUGCAAGUAAUUUUUCUGCAGAUGAUGAUCACAGACUAGUACUAGAUGUCCGAAAGGAGUUACCUUUUCUAAGGUUACAAGAUGGAUGAAGAUGAUCGAGAUUCUGGCUAUCUGCGUUUACAGUUCUCUCGACACCCUGGUCCCCGAUCUGGCGGUGGAUCUCGUGGGAGGCAUUAGGAAUUGAGAUGGGGCAAUUACGCGUUCCAAUUUAAUAUAUAAUUAUUUGCCAUCCAUCAUGCUCUAGUUUUGGAGAUUGCUUUUGGUCGUGUAUUAGGGGUCUAUGGUCUCGCUUAGUGUCAUCUAGCAUUUGGUGAUGACAAGGAAAGAUGUUUUGGUAUUCAAAUAUUUGGCACUUGAUCGAAAAACCUUGGUUCUAUUAUUAGUCUGUAUUGUAAUUCUGGCAUCUAUCGUUUUAUUAGCAGUAUCGCCAGGAUGUUGUUAACCCAUAGUGUGCCAUCUUAGGCCACUAUUGAGUUUCUUUCUAGAUUAACAAAGGGUGGCUAAUUCUUAUACUGCAA